AGGCAGCAAAGUGAAACUAACCGGCCCUCAAGGGACUCAACACAUGACCUUGGGCAUUUUUCUUUUUUUUGCUCACCACUUUCGAGUUGUUGAGCCUCACCCUCUGUGACAAUUCACUGACACCUUAAGACCUUAAUGUAUGGAGCAGAGCGUUCUGCCGUGUGUUCUGAACACGGGAUUAAAUCCCAGGAUGGAAAAUAUGCUUACAGAUGUGGCUACAUCCACAUCAGAGAAAGUUUAAAUAUAGCAGUUCCAGUUGCCAAACUGGGUCACCUUCUUUGACCUAGCAUAUAAUUUGAGCCAAGCUUCUUUAUACGGUGGAAAGUAUGAACUAAUUGUGCGUGUCAAAGCAGGUCCUUCAAGAAGAGAGAUCUAUCUCUCCCUCAACUGGGACAAAAGAGAGGGACGGGCAGAGCAGCGCGUCUCAGGGACACAUGUGCAGCUUUGCGUCCAGCCAGGAGUUAAUGAUUAGGAGCCUCUGUUCCCAGUUCUGAGCCUGAGAAAAGCGGCGAACUUGAGUUCUCUCUCUACUUCAGGCAAACCUCCUUCUACUGGGCGGCUGUUCAGUGCUUUGAAAAGCAGGUGGACCCAGAUGUAAGACAGACAACUGGUUAUUAAAUGGAAAAAUCGACUUUUCACAAAAUAAACUCGUGAUCUUGAGUCUGUUACCUCCUUUCUUGUGUAUUUUUUUUUUUUCAAACAUCAAACUGCAAAGUAUAGAAACUAGAUAAAGAUUCUACAUAUCAUCCAAAGACGUCUGUUCAAGUGGGCAUCUGUACAGAUCACUUGAAUUUCAUUAAGACGAGCAGAAAUGCCACCAAACCCAAGUACCCCACCUGUGUACCUACCUCCAGAUGGAGGGUGGGGCUGGGUGGUGGUGGGAGCCGCUUUUAUCUCCAUUGGGUUUUCCUACGCCUUCCCCAAAGCCGUCACAGUAUUCUUCAAAGAAAUGCAACAGAUAUUCCAUGCUACCCACAGUGAAAUCGCGUGGAUAUCAUCCAUUAUGCUGGCUGUUAUGUAUGCAGGAGGUCCCAUCAGCAGUGUCUUGGUGAAUAAAUAUGGCAGCCGGCCGGUGGUGAUCAUGGGGGGUCUGCUGUGCUGUGCCGGCAUGAUCUUGGCCUCCUUCAGCUCGAACGUCGUGGAGCUUUACCUCACCAUGGGAUUAAUUGUGGGCUUAGGUUUGGCCUUCAACCUGCAACCAGCAUUAACAAUCAUUGGCAAAUACUUCUAUUUGAAACGACCCAUGGCAAAUGGACUGGCCAUGGCAGGAAGUCCUGUUUUCUUGAGUACCUUGGCUCCUUUCAAUCAGUACCUGUUUAACACCUACGGCUGGAAGGGAAGUUUCUUGAUUUUGGGAGGCCUCUUUUUGAACGCCUGUGUGGCUGGGUCCCUCAUGAGACCCCUUGAACCGAAACAAACUACUUCUCAGUCUAAAAAUAAGAUUGGCGUCAAAGCAGAUGAUUCAGGUGUGAAGAAAACCCGCAAAAAGAAGUCAACAUGGGAAACAGUUAAUAAGUAUUUAGAUUUCUCCCUUUUUAAGCAUAGAGGAUUUCUCAUAUACCUGUCCGGAAACGUCAUUAUGUUUUUAGGGUUUUUCGCCCCCAUUAUAUUCCUGGCUCCGUAUGCUAAGGACCAGGGGGUAGAUGAGUACUCUGCGGCCUUGCUGCUGUCCGUUAUGGCUUUUGUGGACAUGUUUGCCCGGCCUUCCGGAGGACUGAUUGCCAACUCCAAGUACAUCCGACCCCGAAUCCAGUACUUCUUCAGUUUUGCUGUCAUGUUCAACGGAGUGUGUCACCUGCUGUGCCCACUGGCUCGCACCUACUCCAGCCUGGUGGUCUAUGCUGUGUUUUUUGGCCUUGGGUUUGGAAGUGUCAGCAGCGUUCUCUUUGAGACUCUCAUGGACCUUGUCGGUGCGCCGAGAUUUUCCAGUGCUGUGGGCCUUGUCACGGUUGUGGAGUGCGGCCCUGUUCUUCUUGGCCCGCCUAUCGCUGGUAAAUUGGUGGAUGUCACUGGAGAGUUCAAAUACAUGUAUGUGACCUGCGGGGCUAUCGUGGUGGUAGCCAGUGUGUGGCUGCUCAUUGGCAAUGCUAUAAACUAUAGAUUGCUUGAAAAAGAAAAGAAGAAGGAGCGGGCAAGGAAGAAGAUAACCAAUACGCUCGACUCCAGAGAGUCGGAGCCCUCCAGCAGAUCGAAGCACGUGAAAAACGUCUCAAGAGCAGACACCAUCCACUCAGAAAGAGAAACCAAUAUUUAACAAGAGUCACAUCUCUGAUUUCAGUAUAUAUGAGUUGUCCUAAGAGUAUGUUUUGCUUUUCAAAAUAUUGGAAAAGUUUUUAAUUUCAAAAGAAAGUCACAGUGAAGGAUGGAGAUGAGAUUUUCCUCAAUGGCAUAUUUUUAAAUUUGUUUUUUCACACCUCUUUGGGUAGUUAUGUUGUGAUUGUACAUGAAAUGAAUCCACGUGGUCCGUGAAUUUAUUUCCAUAUAUGACUCUGGGUCUGGUAGUUAAAAUACUACUAAUAUUAAAGUCUUCCAGUAAUUUCUA